GGUUGCUAUCAGGAGGAGGGGACCGGCGAGUCUACGUUGCGGCCGGGGGAACCGGCUGGGCUCGAGGACGGGAGGCCGGGCAGCGCCGGAGUCUGAGGGGAAAAGAAGCUGGUGUGGAGACGGGAAGCAGCGGAGUGAACCCCCGGCAGCCUCGGCCCUCAGCGGCGAGUGCCUCCUGCUGCUCAGCUGCUCGGCGGCCUGAGCGACGUUGCAAUUCCCCAUUGGAUUCUACGGCAGUCAAUCGAAAGUAAGGGAAAAAUUAACUCCUCUUCUGCCUGAAGGAAACCCCCUCCAUUGGGAACGGGUGGACCAUCUAAUGCUUUGUGGUGUAUCAUAAUCAAAACACCCCCACACCCCCCCAGUAUUAUAGAAUACCACUGGUCCUGGGUCUGCAGUGAAAACCAUUCAACACAGAAUGGCUUGGAUCCAGGAAGCAGAGCUGAACUUUGUAGAGAGGUUGUGUGCGUCCAUUUUAAAGGUUGGUCCCAUGCCUAAGCACGUGGCCUUCAUCAUGGAUGGGAAUAGACGUUAUGCACAGAAGUGUCGAGUAGAACGAGAACAGGGCCACUCUCAGGGAUUUGAGAAACUAGCUGAGACUCUUCGAUGGUGUUUGAACCUGAAUAUACGAGAAGUGACUGUUUACGCUUUCAGUAUUGAGAAUUUCAAGCGUUCUAAAGAGGAAGUGGAUGGGCUAAUGGAACUUGCACGACAGAAGUUCACAAGGCUCCUUGAGGAACAGGAGAACUUGAAGAAAUAUGGUGUCCGUAUCAGAGUUUUAGGGAAUCUGACCCUUUUGCCUGUUGAUAUUCAAGAGCUGAUUGCACAGGCUAUGCUAGCAACACAGAGUUAUAACAAAUGUUUCCUGAAUGUGUGCUUUGCCUACACCUCUCGGCAUGAGAUCACCAGUGCAGUCCGUGAAAUGGCGUUGGGAGUCGAGGAAGGAUUAUUGAGGGCCAGUGAUCUCUCUGAAGCCCUGCUGGCCAAGUGUCUGUACUCCAGCAGUUCCCCAGACCCAGACCUGUUGAUCCGGACAUCGGGAGAGGUUCGUCUCAGCGACUUUUUGUUGUGGCAGACCUCUCAUUCAUGUUUGGUGUUCCAACCUGUGUUGUGGCCUGAGUAUACGUUCUGGAAUCUAUGUCAGGCCAUCCUGCAGUACCAAGUCAACUAUCCUGCCCUUCAGAAAGCAAAAAUGUUGCAGGAAGCAGCAUGCCAGCAGCAGCAGUUGGAUGUGGAUCGUAUCUGUGUACAGGAGGAAACAGGUUCUUGCACGACAGGGGAGAUGGGAGGUAUCGAGUGCAAACAGGAACUAAUCCUAAAGUACGCCAGAGAACGAGAGGAAAGAGUCUCCAACUUUCUACUGGAGCUGGAGAACAAAAGGAAGAAUUUCCUCCAAGACCUUGUGAGGGGCUCCACGCCAUUUCUACGUGUUUAGGCCUCACUAGCUCCCCUGAUAAAGACAACAGAACGAAUACCCAAGAUGUGAGUGAGUGAAAAGCCUCCAUCAUGUAUCUGUGCUGGUACUGAUGCUCUUGAUCCAGAUAGCUCCACUAUCCACUAAGCAUAGAUUGCUGCUCGGGGUCUUCUCCCCCUCCAUUCCGGACUGGUGGGCUUCUCACACUGACUUCUGGGUGAAUGAAAUGUGGCUGCCUCCACAAAGAAAAAACAAUGUCUUAGUAGCCCCAAAUGGCACUACAAACUGCUUAUGUUUAAAUCCUGUAGCUACGUGGUGUUGUUAAAUAUGAUGCUCUGUUAAUAUGAAGGUUGCAUAAUUGUUAAUUUUCUGUCUUGUGCCAGCCUGGUACUUGCUGCAUGUUACGCCACUGGCGUUUGGAGCAGCAAUGAAGGUCUUCCUUCUUUCUCUGUCCUAGGUCGCUCAAAUGUAAAAGGAUUCUUCACAGCUGUUUCUGUAACCGUUUUUACUAAUCAGGCUUGAUAGCUCUGAGCUGAACCCCCAAACUCUUCGUCUGGCCUCUUUCCCUUGACCUGUUUGGCAUGGGUGACCCGACUAAGACCCAAAGUAUAAAGCCAACAAAGCUGUCCAGGUCGUUGAGGCAUGCGUCUCCAAAUCACGACAACAUUGAGGUCCUCUUAAAGAUAAAAUGUUAUGAUAUUCUCACCCCGUGAGUGGCGGUCUGACUCUUCUCCCUGGCAAUCGGCAUCAGUCGUUAACAAUCUGAACUAUAGCAACACAUCCCAGCUCGGUGAUCUACCCUCUACCCUUCCCUUACAAAUGAUUUGGGAUCUUCUGGCAAUAGCGUCGUAACCAAUCUCUCUCUCCAAUGGUGAAACUUGUUCCCCAGCACCACCAUCACCAAGGGUCCCCACACUGUUCUGAAAUCUGAACAUAAAACUGCUAUUUUUAUACCUAAUUGCCUCAGCAGUUAUGGAUAUUGAUUAUGAUGUUUGAAUUCCUUACUUAUAAGAUCAAUUGCCAUUCACAGUAGAGGUGUUAAAAGUCCAUUGAAACUUUAAGCGGACAGCCAAUGAUACCUUGAACUUAGUGAAGACAAUAAGAUUAAGAGCAGAAUUAGGCCCAUUGAGUCUGCUCCACUUCAUCUGAGCUGAUCCAUUUUUCCUCUCAGACCCAAUCUCUUGCCUUCUCCCCGUAUCCUUUCAUGCCCUGACUAAUCAAGAAUCUAUCACCCUCUGCCUUACAUAUACCCAAUGACCUGGCCUCCAAAGCCGCCUGUGGCAACGAAUUCCACAGAAUUCUUUGGCUAAAGAAAAAUCUCAUCUCAAUUCUAAAAGGAUGCCUCUCUAUUCUGAGGCUGUGUCCUCUGAUCUUAGACUCCCCCACCAUAGGAAACAUCUCCACAUCCACUCUAUUGAACCUUUCAGCAUUCUGUAGGUUUUAAUGAAGUCACCCCUCGCUCUUCUGAGUUCCAGUGAGUAGAGCCAGGAGCCAUCAAACGCUCCUCAUGUGACAAGCCUUUCAAUCCCAGAAUCAUUUUCAUGAAAAAAGACAAUCGAGCCUUAGUUAUUGGGUAUGUUUGACAUCCUUCUUUUAUCUCAUCUGUCCCCGGCACCCACUUUUGUGUAAAGAGACGCUAUGUUUUAGGAAGACCUUUCUUGACCAGUGUCACUACAGAGGCGUACAGUCUGUCUUGUCUGCUGCUUCUGGUGGUCUCACUUGACUACAACUGCCCCAGGCAUCUUCCGCAAUAGGAGACUCAAUCAUUGGUGUGGGGGGGGGAAGAAGGGGCAGACAGGAGAUUCUGUGGUUGUAAAGAGACUCUGGAAUGGUUCGUUGCCUCCCUGAUCCCAGGGUCCAAGAUGUCACAGAUCAGCUACGGAACAUUCUCAAGUAGGCAGAAGUCGCCAUGCACGUUGGCACAAAUGACAUGGGUAGAGAAAAGGGUAAGGUACUGCAGAGUGAAAAUUGGGAACUCGGGAAGAUGUUAAAAAGCAUGACUUCAUGGGUAGUAGUUGCAGGAUUACUUCUAGUGCCACAUGUGAGGGUAAGAAUAGGUUAUGGCAAAUGAAUGUGUGGCUGAAAAUUGGUGUAGGAGACAUUCAUAUUUUUAAACCAUUGGGGUCUCUUUUGUUGCAGAGGUGAUCUGUACAAGAGAAACUAGAUGGGAAUGAAAAUCCUUCAGGCAGAUUUGCUCACACUAUUAGGGUGGGUUUAAGUAGCACACAUCAAAGUUGCUGGUGAACGCAGCAGGCCAGGCAGAAUCUCUAGGAAGAGGUACGGUCGACGUUUCAGGCCGAGAUCCUUUGUCAGGACUAACUGAAGGAAGAAUUAG